CUCUUGGGUCUGGUUGAUUGCAUAGAUACUGACCUUGACUAGAUAGAUAUACCGCCUCUAUUACUCCACGGUCACCAUGUCUGUUGACAAGAUCAAACCAUACAACGACCCGCGAAUUUCUCUCCGCUCGGCUAAUCUCAAUGGCUUCAACUAUGGUUAUCUCUAUAGCCCUGCGGCCAAGGGUGUUGCUCAUCGUGGCACAGUGGUCUUGAUUCACGGGUUUCCAGAUAUCUCACUUGGUUGGCGUUACCAGAUCCCCAUGUUGACGAGCCUGGGUCUGGAUGUUAUUGCGCCUGAUUGUAUGGGCUAUGGACGAACUGAUUCACCACUUUUCACCGUCAGGGACUAUACAUACAAACGAGUCAGCGAUGAUUUGGCAGAGCUCUGCCGACAACUGGGUCUCAAUCGUAUCAUCCUCGGCGGUCACGACUGGGGCGGUGCGAUUGUAUAUCGAGUUGCACAGUACUACCCCGACUUGAUCGCGGCGGUGUUUAGCAUCUGCACCCCGUACUUCCCUCCCAAUGCCAAGUACGAACCGCUGGAGAUCCAGGUCAAGAGUCGAUUGCCCAAUUUUGCAUAUCAAGUUCAUUUUGCCUCUGGGGAGAUUGAGCAGCAUGUACGGUCAAAGGCGGAGAUCCGUCAAUUUCUGAACAACAUGUAUGGAGCCAGAACACCGGAGGGGCAAGUUGCCUUUGACUCCAAUGGAUGUAUCGACCUGGAGAAGCAACGACGUGUCGGCAAGAACAAAUUGUUAGACGACGAUGAAAUGAAUUAUUAUGUGGACGAGUAUGCUCGACAUGGCGUCAAUGGCCCAUUGAACUGGUAUCGAACCCGUGAGGAAAACUACAUGCAUGAAUGGGUGCACUUCUUUGGCGAGGGCAAAAAGUCAAAGCAAGAGGUGGACAAGGCUUUGACGCUUCAGCAAGAGGUCUUGUUUGUGCUUGCAACCAAGGACCUUGCCCUGAAGCCCUUUAUGGCAGCAAAGAUGGGUGAGCGAAUUCCCAAAUUGACCAGGCGUGAGGUCAAUGCUGGCCACUGGGCCCUAUGGCAACGCCCAGAUGAAUGCAAUAAGAUCAUUCGCGAAUGGCUAGAACAGAAGGUCUUUGUUGGUGGGAAAAGUAAGCUCUGAUACAUGAACUGCAUGAGCUGAAUGAGGGAGUGAUAUUCCAUUGUUGCUAUGAAACAGGUGGAAGCAUGAGUCAAGAUUGAGAUGAGCUCAAGAAUCAUGAUUCAGGAGCAUCAAGUGUACAGAGUAUGUAAUUGUUACGGCAGGUACCAAGAAUCGCC